AUGGAGCAUCUGUCAAGAACAGGUUCAGACCAUGCUCCACUCUUGCUUUCAGCAGGAGAGCAGGUUCAGCAGUUUCAGAAGCAUUUUAGAUUUUUGAAAUUCUGGUUGGAUCAUGAGUCAUUCAUGGAUGCAGUGGAUCAACAUUGGAGAACUGAGUUUAUAGGAGAUCCAUUCAUUAUAUUUAAGCUAAAAAUGAAGAGCUUAAAGGCUGCUUUGUCUAGGUGGAGUAAAGAAACAUUUGGAGACUUGUUCAAACAACUGAUAAUCAGAGAAGAUAUUGUGAAGAUCAAGGAGCAACUGUUUGAGGAAGAACCAUCAGAAGAGAAUAGAAUAGUGUUGCGAGAGGGCAUCCAAUGGCAUUUAGAUGGAGAUAGGAAUACAAGAUAUUUUCAUAGUAUUGUAAAAGGAAUAAGAAAGAGGUUGUUGCUUACAAGAAUACAAAAUGCAGAUGGUGAAUGGGUGGACAAUUUGGAUGAUAUUGCUACUGAAGCUAUUUCAUUCUAUCAAAAUCAAUUUUCUCAGGAAAGUGGUAGAGUUGACUCAAAUUUACUGGAUCACAUUCCUGAGAGAAUCUCAGAGGAUCAAAAUAACUUCUUGUGUUGGAAUAUAGUUGGUGCUGAUGUGUAUAAUGUGAUCAGUAGCUUUUAUGAGCGACAAACUUUACCAAAGUCAGUAACUCAGACAAACCUGGUCCUAUUGCCUAAGAAAGAAAUAAUCAACACUUUCUCGUACACUCGAGGCCAAUCACCUCAGCAAUUUCAUAAACAAGAUUAUUUCGUACUAUUACAUGAUAAGCUAGAGGUGAUUCUGCCAUCUCUAAUAUCUCCAAAUCAGUCUGGAUUUGUAAAGGGUAGAAAUAUUAUUGAAAAUGUGUUGCUUACUCAAGAAUUGGUGGCAGCUAUUAGAAAGAGAGGGAAACCUACUAAUGUCAUCAUUAAGCUAGAUAUGGAAAACGAUUAUGAUAGACUUUCUUGGAGGUUCCUUGUUCAAAUUCUCGUAAAAGAUGGGAUUUGCAGAAGAAGGGGUCAAACAGGAGAUCCUCUAUCUCCUCGCUUUUUUAUUCUAGCUGUUGAGGUGGCUAAUGAGCUGAAUCAGGAGGUACAGCAAAUAACAAGCUUCAACAAAGGUGACUUCCCAUUUACUUAUUUGGGAUGUCCUAUCUUUCAUGCUAGAAGGCAGAAGUUGUUCUAUAAAGAUAUGAUGAAGAAAGUGAAGGAUGUUGUUGUGUGCUUGGAGAGAUUCUUUUGGCAAACUAAGGAAGAAGGAAGAAGUAAGCACUGGUUAGCAUGGGAAAAUGUAUGUUAUCCUAAGAAUAAGGGAGGAUUAGGCUUCAGAUCUUUACAUGAUAUAUCCAAAGCAUUGUUUGCUAAACUUUGGUGGAGAUUCAGACAAGCAAACAUUAAUCGUGGUCCAAUUUCAUGUGGAACAAAUAUUGUAAAAGGUUUAGGCCAACCGUGGUUCAAGUGA